AUGCAAAGUACAAUAAGUUUCAGCAGUCAAUUCGAUAAGCAGCUACAAUAGUAAAAAUUGAUGAGACAAUAUUUAAACAAUUAGCAAUCCAAGUUCAAGAUCAGAUUAAUGAAUCAUACCCCUGAAUUAGUAGAAAGCUUAACUCCCACAGAAAGCCUAACCUAUUUACCUUUAAGAGCUUAGUUCUAAACUUUAACUCAUGAUCAGAGCUAAUUAGAAUUGAUAAAAUCCGCAUUACUAGGAUUACCGAAAAUCGAUCAUAUUAGUCCCCGUACACCCAAUCUUAUCAAGAGAACUGAACCUUUGAAGAUGAAAAACGAUAAUUUGAUGAAAUUACUUAUGAAUUGA